UUAGCCAAAUCCAAAUUUGAUUUGCUUGUUCAAUUGAGUGAUAGAAAAAAAAAUAGAAAGCAAACACCCAAUACAACAUUACAAAUUUAAAAUCAUUUUUUGCAGAUUAUUUAUCAAUUUCUUUCUUUCUUCCUUGUUUAUGAUCAUUUCUACACCAACGAUCAUUUCAAGACCACCACCGCAGCGACCACCGUCGCCGUUACCGUCACCAGCAGCACCCCCACCGCCACCAACAACAGCAACAAUUACAAGAAGAAUACAUUUACAAGCUAAAAACAAAUCAUUAACGAAGCUCCAAACGCCGUUAAUUUUCUAUAAACCAAAUUCAAUGGCAAUACAACACUCUCCUUCUUCAUCGCCAUCAACAACGUUAAUUUUAACGUCCGGCGCAAGCGGUAGAAUAAACGCUUUAUUUUCCGUUAGAGCGUUGAAGAGCUUAUUAAUAUUAAUUAAAGCCGUCGUUCUAUUCAUAUUACUUCCAUUUCGCGGCGGUCGGAGAAGAACGGUGCCGUUAAAUUCUUCCUCAACAUCCUCCUCGUCAUCGCCGGGCGAUAAAGCUAAUAAUAGUAGUAGCAAUAAAGAUUUUGAAAAAACGUCCGUCACUAAAGUACGGGUCCCGGCGAAGAUUGUGCCGUGGAAGAGCGGCGGUAGCGCGACGGUGGAUCAGGCGGUGGCGGUGAGACGAGCAUUGGCUAUUAAACGGGUGUUAGAAGAUGAUGACGUUAAUUCGAUUAGAGAAUUUUCGUUGUUUGUUACUGCUAGAGACGAUACAAUUUUUACUCAGCUGUGGUCCCCAGUUUCUGUCAAAAUCAGGGGAGUGGUUGUUCUUAUGCAUGGCCUAAAUGAACACAGUGGCAGAUACAGUGAUUUUGCCAGGCAAUUGAAUGCAAAUGGACUUAAGGUUUAUGGGAUGGAUUGGAUAGGACAUGGCGGAAGCGAUGGGCUACACUCAUAUGUUCACUCUCUUGAUUAUGCUGUCAAUGAUUUGAAAUCAUUUCUGGAUAAAGUUUUAAAAGAGAAUCCUGGGCUUCCAUGUUUUUGCUUUGGACACUCAACUGGAGCUGCCAUUGUCCUCAAGGCUAUGCUGGAUCCCAAGAUUGAAUCCCGUGUAUCAGGAGUAGUACUGACUUCGCCUGCAGUAGGAGUUCAGCCAUCCCAUCCUAUUUUUGUGGUGCUAGCUCCAAUUUUUUCAUUUUUGCUACCAAGAUUCCAAUUAAGUGCUGCAAAUAAGAAGGGAACGCCAGUUUCUCGGGACCCUGAGGCACUCAUAGCCAAAUAUUCAGAUCCUCUAGUGUACACAGGAGCGAUCAGGAUGAGAACUGGGUAUGAGAUUCUUCGAAUCACAACCUACUUGCAGCAGAAUUUAAGCAGAUUAACACUUCCAUUUCUAGUUCUUCAUGGUACUGCUGAUACUGUAACUGACCCAGAAGCUUCAAGCAAACUGUACCAAGAAGCCUCGUCAACCGACAAAACCAUCAAAUUGUUUGAAGGAUACUUGCAUGAUCUCCUUUUCGAACCAGAACGACAGGAUAUUGCGAAUGACAUAAUCGAGUGGUUAUGCUGUAGGAUUUAAUUUAACUUGAUUCGAGAAUAAUAUAAUGUAGUUAGUGUCUUUAAUGGAUUUGCUGUAGGAAGCUUUCCGAUUAAGAUGACAUUGUUAUGCUGCUGAAUAAAGUUCAGCAUUUCUAUAUGUUGAAACAUGAACCAUAUUGCUUUUUGGCUGAUUGCAAUGUUCAGCAAUUUUUUUUA